UUUCAUUUCACUUAAUUUAUUUUAAUAUGAUCAAUAUGUUGUUGUGAAAAACUUGUAAUAUGUUUUAAAAGGUCAUAAUACAUUAUAUUUUAUUCCCAUCCUCGGUUUACGUCAUCCAACGUUCCGACGUCAAUUGCGUCAGUGCAAGUGAGAGUUCAAGGUUGAGUUUCAAACCACGAGAGUACCCUCAUGUACUCUACGCAGUAGUAUUGGAAGACGAAGAAGACAGGCGAAGAAGCGGCUCAAUCAAGCCUGCCGCCUAACCUGAUGACAAUGGAUGGCUUUGAUGAAGCCACUCGUUCGGUAUUGGAAGCUGCAAGUGUUGACGAAUGCACCUUGAAAGCCCUUAGCCGAGAGGACUUGCAAGACCUUUUUCCUGGCCCUGAAAACUUUCUUAGAAGGAGAAGAAUUUGGGAUUUUAUCAAUGAAAAUUCUGGAAAUAUAGACCAAGAUUCAAGUGCUUGCAGUGAAUACAGGAGCAUGCCCUCAACUACUUCUGCGUCACCAUGCCAGCUUAAGACCUCCACUCCCACAUCAGAUGAGAAAAAGAUGAAGAUGCCAGACCCUCCAGAAUAUGUCGUUUACACGGACUCAGAGUUGGAUUUGGUACGGGCUCAAUAUUUUGCACUCCUUCAGAGUGGGAAGGAAAGAGGCUUCAAGAUGUCGAAGGAGCUGUGUUGCAGACUAAUAAGAAACACCAUAACAAGCAUGGUUGCAAUCCUUCGCGCAAGUCCGAUGGGAAAAGAAGCAAGCUAUCCCUCAAAGCUGGAAAUGAAAGUCAUGUCGCAGAAAAUAAUUGAGUACUACCCCAUGUUGCGUGAUACUGAUCCAAAUAUGCCACAUCUGACGGUCUACACAAAAAUGUUCAAGCGACUCCAGAAUAUGAGAUCCCCAUGCAGGAAGAGGCAGGGCCCAGUUCUUCUGAGAGGCCCAGCAAAGACUCUCUUCAGUGAAGACCAAGACAUUGACACGGAUUUGACAGACACGAGCGGAUCGGCUGAUACAGUCAUUCUUGAGAGCAGUGACGACCUCAGUGAUGACAAUUGCAGUGCAGUGUCCCCAGCACGAGAUCCCCCUGUGCCAAAAAAGGCAAAGAGUGGCACCAAAGCAUCCAUUCCAUCAUCCAGGUCUUCCUCACCGGCACCCAGGACUGCAAUUGCUUCACCAACCAUGCCUGCGAAAGAUGUUGCUGCGUCCCCAGCACGAGAUCCCCCUGUGCCAAAAAAGAGUGGCACCAAAGCAGCAAUUCCAUCAUCCAGGUCUUCCUCACCGGCACCCAUGACUGUGAUUGCUUCACCAACCAUGCCUGCAAAAGAUGUUGCUGCGGGUCUCGACAGUCUGAAGAUGCAGGCCAGACACUACAAAACCUUGAGCAACAUGUACAACAAGCCCAAUGCAAAACCCAAUCAAAAUGAUGUGGCGCAAAUUCUGGACCUCGAGUUCGAAGCCAGACGGGCCUUUAUCGAUUCAGAUGUUACCAAGGAAGAAGACCGACCUGCAAAAAUCCUUGAUGCAUAUCCAUGCUUUAAAGAUGUUCGAAACGCCAUGGAUGAACUACGGCGCAUAGUAGAUGGUACUAACCGCAGAUACAUCGAGGACGUAAGAGGAAGAUGGACAGAAUUCUGCACGAAGGUGCAGUUCUAUAGCGUGUGGAAGGAAGUCCUCAAACCCCCUUUUCCUUUGGAUGUUCGCAGUGUGGAUUUCACACUGGCCCUCUUCAAUGCACUGCCACCCCUCUUCCCCUCAUCCGUUUUGCCACCAAAGAAGCUCGCUUGCAGUGAGGCACUUAUUCAUAUCUUGAAGUCAAACGAAGACCCUGCCCUCUACCUGCAGAAGCGUCCUCUCUGCUCCCCAGUUCUGCUGUUUGAUGGCUCAACUACCAUUGUGGCUGUGGGUAACGUACCUGUUACAACCCUCAAGCAGGAAGAUUUUUCAGAGGGGAUGUUGGUGUUGAUGGCAUACUAUUAUACAUUGCACCUCACAUACCCCAAAUGUGUGGCAACCCUGCUCUCUGUUAUUCAAACGGAGGUCAUUGGUGACGCCCUCCAUGAUAAGGAUGCCACUAGUUCAUACAAAAAAGCAAUGGCCGAGUGGAACGCAUUCAUUGAGAAGUAAAUCUGUCAGUUGUUGAUUACUGAUUGUUACUAUUGCAUUGUUUUGUGUGUUUCACAAGUUAAUUGCUGUUUUUUGUAAUUAUUCAGUGGGUCUAAGGUGUUGGUCUUUGACCAAUACCCCACCGCAAAGUGAAAUUGAGGCAAUGGCUGGGUCACCGGGAAAACUCUCUUGCUCACUUUGAGUGGCUCAGUUUUAUCUCCAAGUGGGGUAUCCCUUAACGCCUGUAUUUCAGGAUACAAUGUUGGAAAAACGCUACCUCAUAAUGGCAGAAUUUAAUUUCCUUUUAUUACUGGGGUCCCAGUACAUCUAAGUUGUUUGUCUUAAACAUGUACCCCAAACCUAAGCGAAAUUGAGUCACUUGCUAUAGUCCCUCGAGUUGUGCAAGUGAGCAGAAAAGUUUUUCAGGUAACCCAGCCACUGUCUUAAUGUGACCCAUCAAAGAGCAGAAUAGAGAGCGCGCUUCUGAAGGUACAAGACCGGGUUAAAACAGUCUUUGUGUUGCCAACCCCCAUCACAGCAAAUAUGCUCAGCAAAGCAAUUGUCACCUAUAUUACCAUCUUAAAGUAGUUGAUGUACUCUAAGGUUACUAUUUCAAGGCUCAAUUUCACCUGGGAGUGUGGUAUACCUAUCCUGUAUUUCAGCAUACAGUGUUAAAAUGCUGCUGCAUAAGGGCUGAGAGAAAUGUGAAGAGAUUUAUUCAAAGCCUGUAUUUCAGGAUGCAAUGCAAAGCAGCAAAAUGAUCUCAAACGUUUUUGCUGCCAAAUUAAAGCUCGAUUUCACCUGGGAGUGGGGUAUCCCUUAAGUUAUACCCAUCCUGUAUUUCAGCAUACAAUGUUAAAAUGCUGCUUCAGAAGGACUGAGAGAAAUGUGAAGAGAUGUAUUCAAAGCCUGUAUUCAGGAUGCAAUGCAAAGCAGCAAAAUGCUGCUUCGUAAGAGGUGGGAAUUGUGAACCCCACCCCAAAGUGAAAUUGAGACAGUGGCUGGUUCACCUGGAAAGCUCCUGCUCACUUAUCCAAGUCUAGGGACUUUAGUGAGUGGCUCAUUUUAAAUGGGAGUGGGGUAUCCCUUAAGAUUUUUCAAAUUCUGUAUUUCAGGAUGCAAUAGUGGAAAAUCGCUACUUCAUAAGGGCUGAGAAUUUAAUUUCCUUAUUUUACUGGCGUCGCAGUACAUCUAAGGUAUUUGUCUUAAACAUAUAGCCCAGUCCCAAACGAAAUUGAGUCACUCGCCAUAGUCCCUGGAGUGGCGCAAGUGAGCAGAAACGUUUUUCAGGCAACCCAACCACUGUCUGAAUGUGACCCAUCAAAGAGUAGCAUAGAGAAGGUCUUUUGAAGGUACAAGACAGGAUCUUAAACAGUCUUUGUGUUGCCAACCCCCAUCACAGCAAAUAAGAUGUUAAUAUAGGUGACAAUUGCUUUGCUGAGCAUAAAGUAGUUGCUGUACUCUAAGGUUAUGAUUUCAACCGUCUGCACUGCCAAAUUGAGGCUCAAUUUCACCUGGGAGUGGGGUAUCCCUUAAGUUUUACCUAUCCUAUAUUUCAGCAUACAAUGUUAAAAUGCUGCUUCAUAAGGACUGUACUCCAAGGUUACGAUCUCAAACGUUUUUGCUGCCAAAUUGAGGCUCGAUUUCACCUGGGAGUGGGGUAUCCCUUUAGUUAUACCCAUCCUGUAUUUCAGCAUACAAUGUUAAAAUGCUGCUUCAGAAGGACUGAGGGAAAUGUGAAGAGAUAUAUUCAAAGCCUGUAUUCAGGAUGCAAUGCAAAGCAGCAAAAUGGCUGGUUCACCUGGAAAGCUCCUGCUCACUUAUCCAAGUCUAGGGACUUUGGUGAGUGGCUCAUUUUAAAUGGGAGUGGGGUAUCCCUUAAGAUUUUUCAAAUUCUGUAUUUCAGGUUGCAAUAGUGGAAAAUCGCUACUUCAUAAGGGCUGAGAAUUUAAUUUCCUUAUAUUACUGGCGUCCCAGUACAUCUAAGUUAUUUGUCUUAAGCAUAUAGCCCAGUCCCAAACGAAAUUGAGUUACUCGCCAUAGUCCCUGAAGUGGCGCAAGUGAGCAGAAACGUUUUUCAGGCAACCCAGCUACUGUCUGAAUGUGUCUGAUCUGUCUAUCCUGUAUUUCAGCAUACAAUGUUAAAAUGCUGUUUCAUAAGGACUGAGAGAAAUGUAAAGAGACUUUUUCAAAGCCUGUAUAUCAGAGUGCAAUGUUGGAAAAUGCCAACUGUGAUUUUGUGUGAACAAAGAGGAAAUAAUAAAUGUUAAAUAUGUUAACAAGUCA